CCGAUUGGUUGGAAACUACCACCGCUACCAUCAGCAUGUUUUCUUCCCCCCCACUUCAAACUGAGUGAACGCCCACAAAGAGGACCGGGAAAGUCACUUCAAACUAGAAAGCACGCUGCCUUCGCAGUGUCCGUUCAUGAGUGGAAGCGCGUGCGGCUGCAUCAGACGCAAAUCCGCACAUGUAAUGAGACAGAUUGCGUCAGUUAGGGUUAUUAUCUUUCCAUUACCGAGUCUGGCUUUUAUUUGAACCGGGUGUCACUUUAAUCUCGGCUGAUACGCGUCUGGGAAACUGCUGAGUGCGCGCACUGGAUGCUUGAGUGAACAGGUGGCGCGAGCCGAACCGGACUUUACGCACGCACCCCGCUCUACGCUGAGCGUUUCUAAGUCCUUAAAGGCAGGCGAGACUGGAGCUCCAGAAGAGGACACCUGUCAAAGGCGGUUUGAUGGCAGUAGCGGACAGAGACAUGGUCGUGGACAACAGCCACCCGCUAUGUGAGGCGCAAACCCCAAACGGCGCCGAGGACGAGGGCGUCCUCCCCGUUUCCCUGUCCAGCCCCGCAAAGGACAUCCUGAAAAACUUUUACCACACCAAACGGGUCGGAAACUACUUAAUAGGAAGGAAGCUGGGAGAAGGGUCGUUUGCCAAAGUUAGAGAGGGUCUGCAUGUGUCAACCGGGGAGAAGGUGGCAGUGAAAGUCAUCGACAAGCGGAAGGCCAAGAAGGACUCGUACGUGACCAAGAACCUGCGGCGGGAGGGCAACAUCCAGCAGAUGAUCCGCCACCCCAACAUCGCACAGCUGCUGGACAUCCUGGAGACAGAGAACAGCUACUACCUUGUGAUGGAACUGUGCCCCGGUGGGAACCUCAUGAACCGCAUCUACGACAAGAAGCACCUAGACGAGCGGGAAACGCAGAAGUACAUCCGGCAGCUGGUGCUGGCUGUGGAGCACCUGCACAGGGCGGGUGUGGUGCACAGGGAUCUGAAAAUUGAAAACCUCCUGUUGGACGAGCAGAACAACAUAAAACUAAUAGACUUUGGUUUAAGCAACUGUGCGGGCAUCCUGGGAUACUCUGACCCCUUUAGCACCCAGUGUGGUAGCCCGGCAUAUGCUGCCCCUGAGCUGCUCUCCAGGAAGAAGUACGGGCCAAAAGUUGAUGUCUGGUCCAUUGGUGUGAACAUGUAUGCAAUGCUGACUGGAAGCCUCCCGUUUACCGUGGAUCCGUUCAGCCUUCGAGGUCUGCAUCAGAAGAUGGUCGAUAAGGAAAUGAACCCUCUACCUCCUUGGCUUUCCACAGGGGCUCUUUGCCUGUUGAAGAAACUUCUUGAACCUGACCCCAACAAACGUCCAAAUAUCCACCAGGUGAUGGCGGACUCCUGGCUGCAGCUGGCCAAUAAAAACACCGGAGCUCCCUACCUCAACAGAAUCCACAUUGAAGAAAUGAACCAAACGGUUGUUCGGCAUAUGACAGAGAAGAUGGGCUACAAACACAGCGAAGUGCUGAGUGCCGUCCUGACCAACCGUGCAUGUCAUACCUUAACCGUCUACUUUCUCUUAAACAAGAAAAUGAAGAGGCUUUCCAAAGAGUACAGGGAGAUGCAGUUCCAGGAGAAAAAGAAAGGAGAAAAGCAGAAAAAUGAAUACUUCCAGACACAGUGGCGGAAGCAUGUCGAUAAACUCACCAUACCCCCAAAACAGACGCCCGUCUACCUGGCUGUCAGCAAGGGGCGCAGCAAGGAAAAGAAACACCGAACAGGCCUCUUGCGUGCCCUAGUUGGUGGCCAUCGGAAUUCACCGCUAGCGCCACCUGGCACCGUUGCAUCGUCGUCCAUGGAAUAUCUCGAGAUCCACCCACUAUUUCCCACCACCCCGCAGCAACGAAGGCGUUUGGCUACCCUCCCGCAAGUUAACACGAGCCCAGAACACAACAUUCCGGCCCCGCCGGCUCCAUCACCCAUUGGUAUGCACUCCUUUGGGUCACUCUGCAAAGCUGAGGAAAUUGAGGACACACCCUCCACACCCUGGUAUAAGCUGACCAAUGGGACUCUGUCGCCGCCACGACAUGUCUCUGCUUUCCAACCUGACUCCUCCUACUUAAAAAAGGCCACAAUCCCCAGCCCCCCUGUUCUUAUAGUGAACCCGCAGCCUAAGAAGAGUAACUCUUCCGACUGGUGCGGUUCCUCUGAUACUAGUGGUAGCCCCCCAAGCACAGUUGGAAGCCCUCCAGGAACGUCGGCUUUCAGCCCACCAAAGUCUGCCUUUAGUCCACUCAACCCCACAUCGGCAUUCAGCCCCCCAUCCAACAGUGGAAGCAGCGACCCAGACAGUCCAACACAUCGCAGCAAGUUUCCCUCCAUGGGAAUCGGACACAUCCUGAAGAAGAAGGUCCAGCUGCAGCCAUUCAGUUUCCGACCCGAACAAGUCACAGAAGAAGUGGUAUCGCCACCUCCCUACCCCAUGCAGACUCUCUUGUGUGCUUCAGGUGCACUUAAGACCCUCUGUUGAGGGACACAAUGCAGAAGAAAACGAAGAUAGACUGACUCAAGGCCCUUCUCAGAAGAAAGGUCUUCCAGAGCGGCCUUUUGAACUGUGAACUCUCCCUUUAUUGCAACUGAGCCACUUUUCGCUACACCUAACUCUUACAAAAACUGGGAAUUUCACAUAGAGUACCUCAAUUGUUAUCAGAUCUGUUAAUUAGUACCAGGUGGUGACAGUGAGAAGAUGAGAUUGAAGUCAGAUCCCUGAGCUAAAGCUAGCUCUGUCCUUGAGGCAGAGUAGAGUUGGGGCAUAAUGUAAUAUGGGCCUUUGCCAUUGAACCCACACACAUCCGUACACAUUAAACAAUGUAUCAUAGACCAAGUCAAAAGUAUUCUCUUGUGUAAAAUUUCUACAACUUGUUUCCGAUUGAGCCGUAUACUGAUUCACACCAGCUAAGUGACUCCAACUUUUCCCCUUACCUUAAAGUACAAGUGUAAAUGUUUUGUGUCUUUGAUAACUCUGUGUGAUAGCCUCCGACUUCCAGCCAGCUGGCACUGUAUAGGAAAUGCUGGCUGAAGAAGUUUACUGCACUGCUCUUGAAAACCAAAACCUAUUGUAACAAUGGUGUUGGAGCGUCUUUUUACCUCACUGCACUGCACUCAAGUACGACUUGCUUAGACAGUGUUGCAGCAUUACAGCGCGUAAGCAUAGAAUCACGUCAAGUAUUCACUAAGAAUACAGCCGCAUACUAACUUUGAAGUCACUAAUAACUCAUAUUUCUAGUUCUCUAACUUUUCAUACACAAGCGUCACAUCUCUUUUAAGACCUACAGGGAAACUCAUACAGAAAAAGUCUUAGAAGUCACUUUUUACACAGUAGGACAUUCCAGUUUAUAGUGGGUUUAUAAAAGAAUAGAGGAUCAAAAGCCUUAUAGAACUAACACACCUCAACGAUGGCUGAGGGAAUGAAACAAAAAAACCUAACUUUCAUGAAAAUAUUUCACGUCUUUUGUCUUAACUUUGUAGUUUGUGCAAUAGUUUUAAGUGUCAACUGGAAUGAUGAGUAUUUGUCACGAGCUCUUUCAGUGACAUGAAACUUGUUCCUGUAUAUAACAGUACAACCCCUGUGCGCCAUGUUCAAGCGGAGCUCUAAAUUUGUUAAAAAAAGAAAGAACAAAGGGUUCCACAAGCACACGAUGAGGCUUUUUUAUAUGUUAAAAAUGUAAAAAAAACUCUUCCUGUCCAUGAAAAGUUGCAUGAGUGUAAGUGUACUGUCAAAGCAUUUGAAAUUGUCUUUUUUAAACUUGUUUUCUGGCUAAUACAGAGAUUCAUACGGACUCGAGGGGGGGUCUUUUGUAAGAUUUUGUAACGGGUGAUUUUGUUUGAGUGUUGAGAGAUUUCUAUGCUGUAUAAAUUUUUUUUAAUAUAUGAUGAACUCCUUGUCUGUCUGAUCUUUUACUAUUUGAGAAAACAAAGUUCUUUGUUAGCUGGAAAAACUUAACGAUACUCAUGAAAUUAUACAGGAAAUGGUUUAAUAGUUUUCUGUAGAAUCCAGCUGUCGUUUUAAUUAAUUCACAAGUAACACAUAGCCUCAGGUAUAUUUAAUUUUUGCAGAAUCUUCCAGUUUCUGUAGAACCUAAAGUGAAACCAUCUCUGGGGAUGGUUUUAGGUUACUUUACAUCCACUUUAUCCCAAUUGUCUCGCAACCGAUACAAGUUUUCCCAAAGGACACCUCUGCUGGGUCUCAUUUAAAGUCACCGGUGUGUCCUUAAACAGGAACACUGAUACCACAACCCCUCCCUCAUCGCUGACACACACGCCGAUUGUAGACACUAAUCUACUCAGCUGUGGCUCCCUGUCCGCAUGAUAAACAUCUUUGGGUGACACUGCCAUGUCGAGACAAAGAAGGGGAGGGGGGCGGGUCUCCGGGGCUCUGAGACAAACACACGGACAGGGGUGACACAAACAGGGACGCCUGAUUUAAUCGGCCUGGCUAAGCUGAUAAAAGCAGAGGGGCAAGAGUGGCCCUAAAAUGCAUUAAAAGCCAGAGGCCUUUGUUUUUGCAAAGACGAGGCGGAGUGUUGGUUAAAAUCCCUUGGCGCUCUGCUGAGACAAACAGCCUGUGGCCAUGAAUAAAUACUGAGGCUUAAACACAGCAGAAGGGUCCUUCAGGACAGGCACAGAAAAUCCUGCACUAGCGUGGAGCAACACUAUGUUCACACCUGACGCUCUGAGAGGAGUCGCUUUUUCUCAGGGGGAACAUCGAUGUAUAAUUGUUUUCCAAAAAUCCUACUAAAGUUUCUCACAAAUAUGUUUUUAUUAGCCCUUCAUAGAGCUUCAAAGUGCACAUUUUUAUUGCAAAAACUAUAGUGGGAACAUAGCUUCUGACCUGUUAAUUUCUUUAUUCAAUUUUAGGGGUCUUUUAUUUAGGAAAAAAACAACAAAGUUAUCUAAAGGAAGAGUAUUUCUUGCAUCAUAUUGUAACAUUUAAUGGGAAAUCACAUUAAUGUGGCAAAUUUAGACUAUUCUUUUGCCACUAAUUUUGAUCUUCACACUAAAAAUAAAAAAAUUGUUACAUUUUUAAGUCCGCUAAUUUGUGACUUUUCAAAACAAUAGAUUUUUGGAGGGAAAAAAACAACACAUCUGUUUUCAGUGUUUCCAAACUGUCCACUUACUGUCCGGCAGGACUUUAUUUCUGUCAAUCUGUUCAGGCUUAGAUCCUGAUGACACUAAUCCUGUUUUCUGCCCCCUGUUCGUCACAUAUACAUGCACACAGGCUCACACCAGGGUGUCACUGGCAAUGAGACGAGCCUUUGUGUCUGAGAAGAAAAAAAAAAAAAAAAA